AUGCAACAACAGUAUCGUGCGUUUGCACAGCAAGCGCCACAGAGGUCGCCGCAUGCGACUGCUCGUCGCGGUGGCAUUGGCCCAAUGAUGUCUGCUGGACCUCACCCAGCCGUGCCGCUCACUCAAGCGCAAAUGGCACAACAGCAGCAAGCCCAGGCACAGGCAGCUGAGCUUGCAAAGCGGCGCAGCCGCAAACCUACAGACAAAAGCAUACCCGAUGGCGUCGAGGACAGCAUCAUCAACCCGGAGAGCGCCCAGCGAUACAGAGAUCUCAAAGACAUUGAGCGCCUCCUUGAUGCGACUAUCACGCGCAAGCGGCUUGAUGUGCUCGACAAUACACAGCAUCUAACAAAGUUGACGAAAACGCUUCGCAUUUGGAUCAGCAACACUGUACAGGAUCAAGUCUGGCAGGGCAACGGACCGACAUCUGACUCAUUCGACUUCUCGGGCGCUGCUGAGGCAUCCUACCGCGUAACAAUUCAAGGCCGCCUUCUUGACGAAGUUCUCGAAGACGAGGUUGGAACAAAGCCAUCUGCUGCAAACACUGCCACAGAGGAUAAUGACGUCAAAAUGAACGAGGAUGCGGUGACAACUGAAAGGUCGGGCACUGUGUCUAACAAAUCGAAAUUGUCAUACUUCUUCAAAUCCAUGACCGUCGAUUUCGACCGUUCACGCUUCCGCAAUGGUGCUGAGCAGAGUGUUGAGUGGAAGAAGCCCGAUGCGGCUCUUCGACAGCCCAACGGACCAAAUCUUCCAGCCGCUGCUGAUUUUGACGAGAUCACGUUCAAGCGCAAUGGCGACGAAAAUGCAAAUAUUACAAUCAACCUCUUUCGACAGGAAAUGCCCGAGCGAUAUCAAUUUAGCUCGGAACUGGCAGACGUUGUGGACACGAAGGAAGGUACACAGCAAGAGGCUGUCAUGGGACUUUGGGAAUACGUCGUGAGGGCCGACGUUGGAUUUAUUCCGAUGCUCAACGAUUACGUGGCACAAAACCUGCGACCUCUUCCGCCCGUUUCCUUGCCAUACACCAUUCGUGUCGACGAAGAAUUCCACAAAAACCCACAGCCGACCAUCUACGAUAUACAAGUGGCCAUCAGCGACCCCUCGAGAGCAAGCUUGCAGGAAGUGAUCAACAACCCACAAUAUCUGGCUAUGCUCAAGGAUAUCAGUGGACUCGAUGAACAACUGGCACGUCUCGUGCAAGCUGUCUCAGCCUCCAAGGCUAAACACACGUUCAUGAAGUCGCUGGGCGACGAUCCCGCCACUUUUGUUAGGAAUUGGUUGAGCUCGCAGAAGAGGGAUCUGGAAGUUAUCAUGGGCGAAGGUUCCAAUAGUGGCGAUAAUGGUUAUGGUGACGAAUGGCGCAGAGGUGGCAGCAACAGCCUCUGGGCCACACAGACCGCGAGGGAAAGUGUUAAUGUGCUACUCUCUCGACAACGUUAG